CUGCUGGCGAUUGUCUAUCAAGAAAAGUUUUUUGAUCCUCUUUUUGCUUUUCCUGGGCAUAAAGCAGCCAUAGCCAUGCCUAGGAGAGUUGGAAAAGAAGUUGCACAACAAGUGGAAGUGGCUCCUGUGCAGUUCAAUAGGCAACAGCAAAAUAAUCCUACUGGUGGCAUCCUUGGACUACAAGAUCCUGUGGAAGCAGCAUUCCGUGCAGCUGAGCAGUUCAACGCCAAUCAACAAAGAUAUGAGACAUAUGGUCCAGCUCUGAGACCAUUGGUUCGUCCGUCCUAUCACAAGCCGUAUCCAGAUUACAUAGAUCGAGAUAAUCCAUUUCCUCGUGGAUUCAAAGUGCCUGAAUUUACUUUGUUUUCUAGGGAUGCGAGUCAGUCAACCAUUGAACACAUUGAGCCUGAGAUAUCCAUGGCUAAUCUUUCUAGAUUAACUCAACGGCUAGGGGAAUCUUCUGAAAAUUAUCUUAUGCGGUUUAGAAAAGCCUGGAUGAAGUGUCAUGUUGCCUUACCAGAGCAAGAGUUCGUGAAGCUUGCUCAGAAUGGUUUAGACAUUGAACUUCGAAAGAAGUUUGAGGGGAUGGAAUUUAGAGACUUCUUUGAGCUCUCUUAUAAAGUGGCACGUUAUGAGAACCUUUUAAGAGAGGAAUCCCAAAGAAAGGCAGCAUCGCAAGGAACUUAUUAUCAGGAUGCUUUUGACCUUGAUGUUGCCGAGGUCUUUGCAGACAAGCCAGUAACUUGUCCUAAUCUAGUGAAAGUCAUUCAACAGGUUGAGGCGGCUGCAAAGCAUCUCCCGUAUGAAUUUGGGAGACAAUACACAUUUGAUGUGACUAAAGCAAAUGAAAUCUUUGAUUAUCUGAAAAAGUCAAGACAUAUUAAGCUGCCGCAGGGGCAUAGGCUCCCGACGGACAAAAUUGACAAAGGGCUGCUUCGUUUCCCUGAAAAACCCAAGGAAGCCAUAGGGGUUGAUGAAAAUCCUUUUCCGAACGUUGAUGUUGGAGUUAAUGUUGCUGACAUAAGAAGCAUCUCUCGAAGGACGGGGCAACAUCAUGCUGCCAGAAUCUAUGCAUCCGGAUCCAGGAUGAAGGAGGCUCGACAUACAGAUCACUCUCGUAUGGUUAAGCCUCCACAGCGACCUCCAAGUAAAAGGUGGGAGAAGGUCGUGCAUCCCAAGUUUCCAAAAGAACCUGUGAGAAAUCUUAGAACUUUGAGAAGAAGGUUGCAGCGAAAGCGAGCAGAGGCACGUCAUCGUCAACAAUUAGCUACUGAGGAAGUUAAGGUUCCACAACGUUCUCCCGCAAAGGGAAAGAUGGUGUGGAAGAGAAAAGAGAAUCAAGAGCUUGCUGUCCAGAAUGAAUCUCAACUGAAAGUGCCACCUCCUAAGCUCACCUCACUGAUCGUCAAUGAAAAUGAGUUGAAGGCAACCUUUGAAGCAGAUCAACAAGCAGAGUUGACUGGCGAUGAUAAUCUUCUUGAGGACAUGGAUGUUUUGCAGAUCGACAACAUCUCUAUUAACCUUUCUUGUUUGGUUCUCACGCUUCCUUUGGUUUUUCAAGCCAAGGGCAGCGAGACUACCCAUGUUUCCAAUGGCAGUAUGCUUGUUGAGGAAGAAGUGAUAGAGCCACUCUACAUUUCAGCUCACAUGGAUGGAGUUCCAGUGAAUCGAGUCCUUGUUGACAAUGGAGCAGCAGUCAAUGUCAUACCUCCUUCUAUGCUGAGGAAUUUGGUUAAAAAUUCUAAGGACUUGGUUUAUACUGACGUAACCAUCAGUGAUUUCACAGGUGGUGUUAGCAAAUCAAAAGGAGUGUUGCCGGUUGCACUUACUGUCGGCAGCAAGACGUCAAUGAGUGCUUUCUUUGUUGUAGACUCUUCUGCAACUUAUAAUGCAUUACUGGGGCGUGAUUGGAUCCAUUCGAAUUGGUGUGUUCCAUCUUCGGUCCAUCAAAGACUCAUUUUUUGGAAUGGAGGCAAAACUGAGGUGGUCUAUACUGACAACAGACCAUUCUUAGCCAAUUGCAAUAUGGUGGAAGCACGGUACUAUGAUGAAGAUGUAGGAACCAUCCAUUUCUUCGGCAUGGAUAGACAAGGAAGACCUCGUGGAAUCACUGCUUGCAACAAGCCUAGCUUGGCUAAGUAUGUGGUUGACGAGGUAUGCAAUGAACUCUUGCGGCCUACUGCCAUUAUUCCAUAUAGGCUGCAAGAGGAGCCCAAAAUUGAAGAAAAUACAGAAGCAAAUCUGUCGGAGGUGGUACGUGAAGGUGAAGAGGAUACCCAUACCGACGGAGUCACAAUGGAGGAGUUAGAUUUGGCCCCUGCAAAGCUGGAUGACCUCAGGGUUGAUGUACAAGAUCCAUUGAAUGAAGUUAAUCUAGAAACGGAGGCAAAGCCACGCAUUACUUUUGUCAGUGGCUUGCUGCCGCCAGAGAUGCGAGAUCAAAUAAUCUGUUUACUACAUGAAUUCAAAGAUUGCUUUGCUUGGGAUUAUUCUGAGAUGCUAGCCACACCAAAGGAUGAAUACCUCAUGCCAGUAGCAGAUUUACUUGUUGAUGAGGUUGCACGCCAUCGCAUUUUAUCUUUUAUGGAUGGGCAUAAUGGCUAUAAUCAGAUCUUUAUUGCAGAGGAAGACAUAAGUAAAACGACGUUUCGUUGCGCUGGAAAUAUAGGUAUGUAUGAAUGGGUUGUGAUGCCGUUUGGGUUGAAAAAUGCAGGAGCUACAUAUCAGCGGGCCAUGAAUGCAAUUUUACAUGAUAUGAUUGGCCGCUUCAUGGAGAUUUAUAUCGAUGAUGUUGUUGUUAAAUCCAUGGAGGAUGAAGAACAUUUGGAGCACUUGAGGAAAGCUUUUGAAAGAAUGCGACAGCAUGGUUUGAAGAUGAAUCCUCUCAAGUGUGCUUUUGGUGUUACAGCAGGGAAUUUUUUGGGUUUUCUGGUCCAUGAACGAGGCCUAGAGGUGGACAAAAACAAAGCAAGGGCCGUAAUUGAAGUACGGCCACCACAAAAUAAAAAGGAAUUACAAAGGUUUCUUGGUCAGCCUGAUGCAGAUUUUAAAUGGGAGAGGCAGCACCAAGCCGCUUUUGAUGCCAUCAAGGAAUACUUGUCUAAGCUACCUGUGUUGGUUCCUCUGGUUUUAGCAGACUUUUUAGCAGGUCAUCCUUGUUUAGAUGUUAACGCUGAUGAAAACAAGGGAAUCAAUCUCUUUUCAAUUGACUUGGUUCCUUGGAGGCUUAUUUUUGAUGGGUCUAGCACUGAUCAAGCCUCUAGGGCUGAGAUUAUUAUUGUUUCUCCAGAUGGCAUAAAAACCCAAUGGUGUUUUCAAUUGGAUUUCAAAUGCACCAAUAACCAAGCAGAAUAUGAAGCUUUGGUAAUUGGCCUUGAGUUGUUGGUGGAGUUGAAGGUGCCAUCGGUUGAAAUUGUGGGUGAUUCUCAAUUAGUUCUCAAGCAAUUGAGUGGCGAAUAUAAGUGUACAAGCGUGGUUUUGUCUCCAUAUUUUGCCACUGCCAUCCAACUACUGGAGGAAUUUGAUGAUGUCUCCCUAAAGCAUAUUCCUCGCAACAUGAAUAUUGAAGCAAAUGAACUUGCGCAGAUUGCUUCAGGUGUAAAAAUGCCUAAAGGCAUCUUGGAGAAAGUCAUCCGAGUGCCAGCUUCUAAGAUACAUCUUAUUGUCAAGCCAUGGCCUUUUCGUGGCUGGGCAAUUGAUUUGAUUGGGAAAAUCUAUCCACCUUCUUCUAAAGGCCAUUCUUUCAUAAUAGUUGCUACAAACUACUUUACUAAGUGGGUGGAGGCAAGGCCUAUGAAGAAGGUUGAGCAAGGAGAUGUCAUCACGUUCAUAAAAGAGGAUCUGAUCCACAGGUUUGGUCUUCCAAAAACUAUCACUUCUGAUCAAGGUACUACUUUUGUUGGAUCUAAAGUAGAGGCCUUUGCAAAAGACAUGGGAUUUCAUUUACUUAAUUCAACUCCGCAUUAUGCACAAGCAAAUGGUCAAGCAGAGGCAUCUAAUAAGAUUAUCAUCAACAUCUUGGAGAAAAUGGCUGAUGAUAAUCCCAGGAGAUGGCACGAGCUUCUUUCAGAUACUCUCUCGGCAUACAGAACCUCACAACGGAGCUCAACUAAGGUGACCCCAUUCUCGCUUACUUAUGGUCAUGAUGCUGUCUUGCCUAUGGAAUUAACAACAAGGUCUUUGCGGAUUGCAAUUCAAAAUGGCUUGAAUUUUGGGGAAUACAAUGAGGCCAUGAUCAUGGAGUUGGAAGACCUUGAGGAAGCAAGGCUAACAGCAUUGGAUGUGAUGAAGGCCUAGAAGCUUAAAGUGGCACAAGCUUACAACAAAAGGGUCAAGCAAAAUAAUUUAGAAGAAGGAAGGUUGGUUUGGAAGGCUGUGCUGCCACUUGGCAAGAAGGAUCCUAGAUAUGCCUCACUCUUUGCAGCCAAAGCUUCUUGCCCUUCUUCUUGGAGCUCAACUAGUAAUUUGCUUCUUUUGGCUCUAAGGGAUUUGAGGCUUCCUCCUUGCUGUAACUCUCAGGCAGGAAAUUUGACUAGCCAUGGCUGGAAUGGCUUGACAGAGACGAUGCGAAAACUAGAAAGACAGAAAGAGAGAAACGACCGCAAAUCUGUGAUGAUGGUUAUCGAAGGAAUGGCUGUGCUUUAUAAUGAAUUGAAGUCGAUCAU